AUGCAGGUUCUCUUGACACCAGUUCGCUACGUUAUCAACCCGAGAUUCCACCUUACCUCCCCUCUGCAGUCAGGAUUCUUUUUCUUGGCACCUGGAGCAGGAUAUCUCGUUGGUACCUUUUUUGGCGGCCGAUAUGCCGAUUACACCGUGAAGAAGUGGAUCGCCAAGAGAGGACGGCGUGUUCCGGAAGACCGUCUACGAAGUGCCUUUAUCGCGCUAGGGGUUGUCAUCCCGGCGACCACCAUCAUCUAUGGAUGGGCAAUCGACAAGGCUAAGGGCGGAAUCCCACUCCCCGUCAUCUGCAUGUUCUUGCAAGGCGUUGCGCAGAUGGUCUGCUUCCCGUGUCUUAACAGUUAUUGUUUAGAUGUCUUCAGAGAAAGGGCAGCUGAAGUCAUGGCUGGCAACUACUUCAUCAGGUACACUUUUGCUGCCAUCGGUACGGCAGUGGUACUUCCAGGUAUUCAGGGCAUUGGUGUGGGUUGGUUCUCCACAGUGAGUGCUCUCUUCGUUGCGAUUUCAAGUGCUGCUGUGUGUGGUAUCGUCAUCUUUGGUACGAGACAGAAGAACAGGGAGGAAAAGUCGGAACGCGCCUAA